UAUCAAUGUUUUAAUCUUACCAAUAAUGAAUGCACCCCACUUCACAUUCACCAAUGGCACCACCAUCAGCAAUAAUAAAUAAAAGCAAGAUAAUGCUCACAACUCUGUCCCUUUUUCUUACUCACUAUUCUCUCUUCCCUUUCAUCUCCCUACACUCUCUUCUUCUUCCUUCUCUCUCUGUUUUUAGUCUAUAAAACUUCUCUGUUUUUUCUUUACAAAUUGACCUGUGCUCAUCUUACAACUGCACCCUCUCCUCAUACUGUUGUAAAGUCAGUUUGUUAUUCACUUCAUCUGAAGCUGGUGGGUUGAAUUGAACCUCUUUUCCUAGAGACUUGGUCUAUCUUUGGGCUGUUUUUUUCUUUUUUCUGGGAAAAGAUGAUGAUGUUCGAGGACAUUGGGUUUUGUGGCGAUUUGGAUUUGUUGAGUUGUCCCCUUGGAGACGAGGAUAUUGUUGCUGUGAGACAAACGGAUCCAGAUCCUGUGGUUGAGGAUGAUUACAGUGAUGAAGAAAUUGAUAUGGAUGAGCUGGAGAAGCGUAUGUGGAGGGACAAAGUGCGGCACAAACGAUUGAAAGAACAACAGAAGGCAAAGGAAGGGACAGAUGCAGUGAAGCAGAGGCAAUCCCAAGAGCAAGCUAGGAGGAAAAAGAUGUCAAGAGCUCAGGAUGGAAUACUGAAGUACAUGCUGAAGAUGAUGGAGGUCUGCAAGGCACAAGGGUUUGUUUAUGGCAUAAUUCCUGAGAAAGGAAAGCCAGUGACUGGAGCAUCAGACAAUCUUCGCGAAUGGUGGAAGGACAAGGUGAGGUUUGAUCGAAAUGGUCCUGCUGCUAUAGCAAAGUAUCAGGCUGAUAAUGCAAUUCCAGGGAAGAAUGAUGGCUGCAAUUCCAUUGGUCCAACUCCACACACAUUGCAGGAGUUACAGGACACAACACUGGGUUCUCUUCUGUCAGCACUUAUGCAGCACUGUGAUCCUCCUCAGAGAAGGUUCCCAUUAGAGAAGGGUGUUCCUCCACCAUGGUGGCCCACUGGGUAUGAAGAAUGGUGGCCUCAAAUUGGUCUUCCCAAAGAUCAAGGCCCUCCACCUUACAAGAAACCUCAUGACCUCAAGAAGGCAUGGAAGGUUGGUGUUCUUACUGCUGUCAUCAAACACAUGUCUCCUGAUAUAGCCAAGAUUCGGAAGCUUGUGAGACAGUCUAAAUGCCUUCAGGACAAAAUGACAGCGAAGGAGAGUGCAACAUGGCUUGCCAUCAUCAACCAAGAGGAAGCCUUGGCUCGAGAGCUUUAUCCUGAUUAUUGCCCCCCGUUUUCCUCUGGUGCAGGUAAUGGCUCCAUGGUGAUCAAUGAUUGCAGUGAGUAUGAUGUUGAUGGGGCUGAGGAAGAACCAAACUUUGAUGUGGAGGACCGGAAGCCAGACCCUCUUCAUCCAUCUAAUCUUGGUGGGAUGGAGAGAAUCACCGGAAGACUACCACUACAAAUUUCUCAUCCAUUUAAGGGAGAUGUUGUCACAAACCUUGAUUUCAUCAGGAAGAGGAAGAUUCCUGGUGACUUCAACCUCAUGAUGGAUCCCAAAAUCUAUACUUGUGAGCAUCCUCAAUGCCCUUACAGUGAACCUCGCCUUGGUUUCCCUGACAGGUCGGCUAGGGACCAUCAUCAACUGAAUUGUGCAUACAGAAACAGUGCUUCAGAUUAUGGUGGUGGUCCCAACUUCCAUGAUGCUGAGGUUAAGCCGGUCAUAUUCCCUCAGUCAUUUGUUCAACCCCACACUACAUCUCAGGCUGCAAGUGUGGUUCAACCUUCAUUUGGUGUAUCUGGGCUUGGAGUUCCGGAGGAUGGCCAAAAAAUGAUAAAUGACCUUAUGACAAUAUAUGACACAAACGUUGUAGGAAACAAUAACUUAAGUUCCAACAACUUUGUAGCCGCAGAAAAUCAUAACUUUUCUCAGACCAUGUUACAGCAACAGCAACAGGACAGUCGUGAGAGUUAUUUCACUGGCCAAGGAAUGGUGACGGAAGGGAAUUUCUUUGCACGAGAGGAAGGACAAUUUGAGAGGUUCAAAGCCAUGAACAUGAACGCCCCUUUUGACACCAACCACAUGGUGUUUAGCCCCCAGUGUGAUUUGUCAUCUUUUGAUUUUAAGGAUAUGCAAGGGGUAGGAAUGGAUACAGUUCACAGACAGCAGCAAGAGGUUUCAAUUUGGUUCCAGUGAAAAUGAGAAUGAGAAGAGGAAACAAACAAGUAUUCCUAGGACUUUCAUUGUGUGAAACGGUUACACUAAAAUCUCUUGACCCAGAUGCAGUUACUGCAUUUUUACUUCAUAUAUAUAUAUAUAUAUAUAUAUAUAUAUAUAUAUAUAUAUGUAAUUGAAUGUUUAGGUCCAGAUAUAUUUAUAUGCUUUCUCAGGUCUUUUAUCAGGUGGUGUUAUGGAUUAAAAAACAUCAUGGGUGUUCCCAUAACAUAACCCUUUUAUGUGUGUUUCUAUGUAAUAGCCCUACUAUGCUACUCAAAGUACUAUACUGUCAUAUAAAUAAAGUUAUUUUAUUGAGUUUCAA